AUGGUCUUCUCAACACCCUCAGGGUCAACUUCCUCCUCCUUACCCUCAGGUACCACACGUUGUGAGGUUGCAGAUAGCCAGAAAAUCCAAUGUGGAAGUUAUGGAAUCGCUGCUUCUGCAUGUCAAAAAUUAGGCUGCUGCUUUGAUGGCCAACAGUGCUACUUUGGAAAAGCAGUGACCGUCCAGUGCACCAAGAGUGGCCAGUUCAUAGUGGUGGUGGCCAGAGAUGCCACUCUGCCCAACAUUGACCUUGAGUCAAUAUCACUGUUGGAACAAGGCCCAGGCUGUACACAUGUUGACUCUAAUAAAGACUUUGCCAUCUACAACUUUCCUGUUAUUGCCUGUGGCACCGUUGUUCUGGAGGAGGAGCCUGGCGUUAUAAUCUAUGAAAACAGGAUGUCUUCCUCAUAUGAAGUGGGAGUUGGGAAUUUUGGAGCUAUUACCAGGGACAGCCAGUUUGAAUUACUCUUCCAGUGUAGGUACAUCGGCACUUCAGUUGAAACUGUGGUUAUAGAAGUGAUACGGAUACCUCACCCUAUCUCAGUUGCUGCUCGGGGACCCCUCAGAGUACACAUGAGGUUGGGAAGUGGACAAUGCAAUACAAAGGGUUGUAAUGAAGUGGAUGUGGCCUAUAACUCUUAUUACACGGACGCAGACUACCCUGUCACCAAAGUACUGAGGGACCCUGUGUAUGUGGAGGUUCAACUCUUGGAAAGGACAGAUCCCAACCUUGUCCUGACUCUUGGUCGCUGUUGGACAACCACAAGCCCCAACCCUCACAGUCUGCCCCAGUGGGACAUUCUGAUAUACGGGUGUCCAUACAAGGAUGAUCGCUACUUGUCCUCACUGGUUCCAGUUGGACAUGAUGUGGAUUUCCCAAGUCACUACAGGCGUUUCAUUUUCAAAAUGUUUACCUUCGUCGACCUCAAUUCACAUCAUCCCCUAAAGGAACAGGUGUACAUUCACUGCAGUACAGCUGUGUGCAAUGGUGCAGGGGGCAUCUCCUGUGAACCAGCAUGCUACAGAAAAAAGAGAGAUGUCGGGGCUGCGGACCAGAGCAAGGCUGAUUCGAACGUUGUGGUUACUGUUGGACCAGUGACCAUGGCCGCAUCUGAGCAGUAA